UGUGUGUGUGGUGGUGUGUGUGUGCGCGCGCGCGCUGGAGCUGGCGCUAGCUGGUCCACCACCGCGAGAGCGGUCACACGUUAACCAUCGGCGACCCGUGCGUUUUAUUCUGCGGAUUGAGGGCUCGUGAUAUUUCAGGGGUGCGGAUUUGACCCAGUUUAUAGGAGGGCGCUCGAGCUCCACCGUUUUCACGCACGGUACGCACGUAGGUUACUGUAGACCCGGUGAAAUCGUCACGCGGAUAGAAUCAUUGGAAUCUGUCGCGAGUGUGUUCCUGCGCGGCCGGACAGCAUCCUGACAGAGAGCGAGGGCCGGUCGUUCGGUCGCUGGUCGGUGUGAGUCGGUAGCAUCGCUAGGUAGAGCGGGACGUGCGCUGGACUCCUGGCCGAAUCGGAGCAUCCCAUUCCCGGCAUCAUCCAUCCCUCCGCGCCUCAGCCACAGCGAGAGGCCCGGAGCGGCGGCAGGAUGUAGCAGCGGAUUAACGGAGGAGAGAGGGGCGCUCAGAGGAAGAGAGCGGGACCGAACGGACCGAGGCGGGACGGAGAGGACAUGGGGAAGGACCAGGAGCUGCUCCAGGCCGUGAAGACCGAGGACUUGCUGACAGCUCAGCGGCUUCUACAGAGACUCGGCCAGGGAAACCAGUCACUUCUCGGAGCAACAAAGCGAGUGAACGUCAACAUCCAGGAUGCAGAUGGGUUGGCACCGCUGCACCAUGCUGCUCUAAGUGGUAACAAGGAGCUGAUCUCUUUGCUGUUGGAGGCCCAGGCCGCAGUGGAUAUUAAAGACCAUAAAGGGAUGCGUCCUCUGCAUUACGCUGCAUGGCAGGGGAAGACUGAACCAAUGAAAAUGCUGCUGAAGGCAGGCUCGUCAAUCAACGGACAGUCAGAUGAAGGACAGAUCCCUCUCCACCUAUCAGCUCAGCACGGACACUAUGACGGGUCGGAGAUGUUGCUACAACACCAGUCCAACCCGUGUAUCUCAGACUCAGCUGGGAAAACCCCGCUGGACCUUGCCUGUGAAUUUGGACGUGUUGCAGUGGUCCAGCUCCUGCUCAGCAGUAACAUGUGUGCAGCCAUGCUGGAACCAAAACCCUCGGACCCCAACGGAGUGUCCCCUCUGCAUCUCGCCGCCAAGAACGGACACAUCGAUGUCAUACGGUUGCUGAUUCAGGCUGGGAUAGAUAUCAACAGACAGUCUGAGUCUGGCACAGCGCUACAUCAGGCAGCCCUCUGUGGGAAGACAGAGGUAGUGCGCCUGCUAUUAGAUAGUGGCAUCAGCGCAGGGGUGAGAAACACUCUGAGUCAAACUGCCCUGGACAUUGUAAACCAAUUCACCACCACACAGGCCAGCCGGGAGAUCAAACAACUACUUAGAGAUGCCUCGGCUGCGAUGCAGGUGCGUGCGCUGAAGGAUUACUGCAACAACUACGACCUUACCAGCCUCAACAUCAAAGCUGGAGACAUUAUCACGGUUUUGGAGCAGCACUCUGAUGGCCGAUGGAAAGGCUGUAUCCAUGACAACCGCACAGGAAAUGACCGUGUAGGCUACUUCCCCUCCAACAUGGUGGAAGUCAUCAAGAGGGCAGGUCACUCCCCCUCCCAGCAGUGCCACACCCUCCUGCUCCGCAGGCCCAACCCCUGUCCCAUUGCCGCAGUCAACGGACACUCAUACCCCCCCUCCAAAGUCCUCCCCCUGCAUCUGCCUCCCCCUCACCCCAACACACAGUCCCUCCCUCGGUUCUCCUCCUUUGGGUAUGUUCCUCUUCCCAUCUCUCCUCCUUUUCUGUCUACUCCUCCUCUGUCCACUCCUCCUCCUCCUCCCCCUCCUCCUCCUCCUCUCUCCACUUCUCAGGAGCAGCAGAGUCAGACAGGUACGCGGACUGCAGAGCUGAGUCCUCAGGGCUCUCCAACUCUGGGACAGCAGAGCAGCACCAGUGAGGACAUCUGGGUGCUACGCAAACCGCUGGCAGGUGGUGAGCGCAGCGGCAGUGUGGGCAGCAUCGGCAGUAUUCGGUCAUCCAGCAGCUUGCAGAGCUCUGGGAACACACAUGUUCUGACCACCCCUGCACCCAGUCCACACCCGGCACCCACACCAGGAGUCAACACACACGGCCUUAACGCUCCUGGCCUGCACGCACAAGCUGAAGGGGUGAAGCUCCUGGCCACCGUGCUGUCCCAGUCAGUAAAAGCCAAGGAACAUCUCUUGGAGCAGUCACAGUCUGUUGAGCAGUCAGCGGGCUCCUCCAGUUGCACAGUUCAUGAACAGCGGUCGUUUGAGCGGAAAGCAGAGGAGGAUGAUGGGAAAAAACAGGCAGUAGUGGCGUGGCUGGGUGAGUUUCAGCUGCAGUUCUACACCACCCACUUCCUCACCGCGGGAUAUGAUCUAGACACCAUUAUGUGCUUUGUAUUGAAGGACCUGACGGCAAUUGGGGUCAUGAAGCCUGGACAUCGAAAGAAGUUAACAUCAGAGAUCAGCAAGUUGCCCUCCACAGACUGGCUGCCAGACCACAAGCCUGCCAAUCUGGCAGACUGGCUGUCUCACCUUGGUCUUAAUCAGUACUACCAGGUUCUGGUGCAAAAUGGGUAUGAAAACAUUGACUUCAUCUCCGACAUCAGCCUUGAAGAUCUGCAAGAGAUUGGCAUUACUAAACUUGGCCAUCAGAAGAAGCUGAUGUUGGGAGUGAAGAGACUGAAGGAGCUACAAAGGGGAGGAAGUAGCUCUGAGCCCCCUCAGAGCCCCUCUACUCCUCCAUCCAGCCCAGGUGGCAGCACCUGUUCAGAGCCCCGUAGGGAGGUGAGGAAGCAGAGGGACGGUGCCCCAAGCCCGCUGGCCAAACCUCGCCCAGGUCUCACACAUUCACAGACCUCUCCCCACACACCGAAAACAAACCCACCACUAACCCCCCCACAUGGCCGGACCCAGCAGUCCUCCCCCAGGGCUCGCCCGCGCCCCUCCACCCAGAUGGCAGCAGAUUCGUCAGUGCCGCUGCUCCGCCUGCCCAGCGAGGAGGAAGAGCGACGGAGAACUCACAGUCUAAUUGGCUCAGAAUCAGACUCUAGAUACGCCACUGUGUGCCGCAGCAGCUCUGCACAUACUGCCCCUAAUGAUGUCACUGUUAACCGCAGCCAAUCAUCUGUCACCCUUCGUCCCCGUCGGAAAGGUCGGCCCCCAACACCGCCUAAACGGUCCUGUUCUUCCAUUACCGGGGGUGACGAGGAGGAAGAGGGACAGGUGGAGGGGCUACUCGGGCUGCCAAGCUAUCGAGAGCGGCGAGCCAGUGACUGCGGCAGCCUGGGAUCAGCUUUAAGAUCUCAGGACUCAGCGGGCCUGGAGAGAUCAGAGGGGGCUUCUGGGAGUGUUCGCAGCCUCGCCGCUAUGCUGGAAACAUCCAUUGUGGGUGGAGCCAAAACCCUGCCGAGGACUCUGGGAGGCAGCACCAACUACUUACAGGUGAGUCCACCUGUACUUCGUCGGCAAGCAGGCGCAGGCGGUCUUGGAUCUGAAGAGGAGGAUGUCUUAAGUCGGCGCAGGACCAUCAGUGGAACAGAAAGUCUCCUUGGUGAUCAGAUUGACCUGUUGCCUCGGCAACCAGCCCAGCAACGUCCAGAGCCGCGGCCCCGCUCGACUGUGGUAUCCUCCGCAUCAGAAAUCACAGACGGCACAGCGACGCUUCGAAGGAGGCCGCGUCCUCCGGCAACGGACUCCGAAGCGCCUGCAUCUAUGGACACCAAUGCUGUUACCGGGAAAACUGGCUCUGACACCAUACGCAGGAGACAACGCACGUCUGAGAUUACAGAAAGUGUCAUUCAAAGCAAUAACCAAUCAGACUCUCCCGGCAGUCAUACAGAUAGCCGGAAAAACGGAGGCGAGCCACAGCAGAACGGCAGUGUGGUCCUGAGGCGGAGGCCUGUGUCUGAGCUCUCUGAUAGGACGGAGGCAAACAAAGAGAGCUGUGAGUGGAUGGAGGCUAGGAAGUCGUUGAAGCCGCCGGUCUCACCCAAACCAUCCACAGUCACCCUGAAGAAAACACAAGCUGACCCCCCAACCCCGACUCGAAGGGUCCCCAUACCUGGGCCCGAUAAUACUGAGACAGCUCAGAGCCCUGAGCCGAAGCGCGUACCUCCUCCUGUAUCCCCGAAACCCCGUGGGCCUCCAACAGCACCUAAACCAGGCAAAGCAAUAGUGGCUUCAGCUGCCAUGAGCCCGGGUCCUGCUGCUACCAGCCCAGCUGCAGCCAGCCCCACCCCAGCCCCCAAACUCUCCUCUCCACUCUCUGCCGCCCCUCUUCCAGCUCCUGACACCCCCUCUGCCCCCUCCCUCUCUCCGGGACUCCCUCAGACUUCCCCCUCUCCGGCUCAGAGUCCCUCUACCCCCUCGCCACACCCUGUUAAACCUCCCCGCUCCUCUAUCGCCGGCCUCUCCAUCGACCUGCUGGGAGGACGGGAGGUGGAGGAGGAAGAGGAGAGGAGGAGAGAGGAAGAGGAAAAGAGGAGAGAGAGGGAGCACAAGAGGCACAAGGAGCAGGAGGGAGAGAGGAAGAGAGGAGAGAAAGGGAAUCUGAUGGAGACAGAGAGUCAAGUAGAGGAAGUGGAGCAGGAGGAAGAGGCGGUGCAGCAUCGUAUGGAAGAGACCAGUGCUUCCUUGGCUGCAGCUGUGCAAGCUGUUGAACACAAAAUCAAAGAGGAGGACGCACAAAAUGACUCUCUUUCUAGUAAAAAGUCCACAGUCUCAAUCUUGGACGACAUCGGCACCAUGUUUGACGACUUGGCAGACCAACUGGAUGCAAUGCUCGACUGAUCUCUCGCCCACGUCUCAUCUCCAACAAGCCCUUUCUCCUCCCCCCCCCCUCAUCAUGUGUAGGUGUAUUAAGAAAAACUCUCCCAAGGCUCGAUGCUGGCGCUCUGAGAGUGUGUGUGUUUGAGCUUGUGUCCCUCUUGCAUGAGCGCUUCUCAUGUAGCCUUGUACAGUAUACCAAGGAGGGCGUCCUCUUCGUCUGGCGCAGUAGCUCUAGUACGCCUCCCAACGCGAGGAGGCCGCUCCCACACAACCUCUGACCUCUGCAGCCCAGCGAGUCGUCGACGCCGCCCGGCCUCAGACGGCUGUGUGGAACCAGAAGCACAAUCAUUUUCCUCAUCCUUUUAUCUCUACAGACUCUGGCAGGUAUGCUAACUCAGUCAGACAGACAGGGAGGCAGACGGAUGAGCAUAUUGCUUGCAAAAAAUAAAAAAUAAAAAAGCACAUAAACUGACUGAUAGACAGGCAGAUAGAUAGAUAGCUAGAUAGAUAGAUAGACAAUAUGCAUACAGAUAAGAUACCAGAAAGAGUUUCUAAAAGCACAUAGAGAGACAGGCCGCUUUCUGAGUCUGUCCCACUCCUGCGAUGUCAAAAGGAUGCAUUUUUCCAGAUGACUCGUAGCCUCUAUUUCUCUUCUGUAUGAGUGGAGAAUUGUGGUUAGUUGGACUUCCUGACCUGUGUGUUGUCUCUCUUCAUGUUGUUGUUGUUGUUGUUGCUGUUGUUGUUAUUGUUGCUGUCGUUGCUGUCGCUACGAGUGUGUGUAGUCCCCGCUGAUGCUCAUGUCAAUGUCCUCCCACUGGUACAGUAGCUAUUCUAUUGAUCAGAACAACAAUAUAGAUGUGUGUCCAUGAAUUUUGAGACACUCGCACACAAACACACACACACACUACAUUACAGUACAUUACAUUACAUUACAUUGGUUUUAAUCUCGCUGGUGUUCUGCUUUGUUGGUGUUUAGCUCCAUCUAUGGAGGCUUGCUUGGAAAUGAAUCUAUACAUUUGCAUACACACAUUUACAUGCAAAGACACACAUAUACAAGCACACUUGUGCGCUGUAUCCCUUUGUCCUGCUGCAGUGAACAGUGAUUUUAAAAGAUAAUCCUAUAUUUCAAUGCUUUAUAUAGUUACAUACAUAGUUUAUAAUAUACCUGGGUAUUUGAGCUGUUAGAGCUCUCUCUAGUGUUGGUUAGUGAAACUGCCUCUAAUCUGUCCACCUUCCAUCUUGUCUGCUCCCCCCCCCCCCCAGCCUUUUUAUCUUCCUCUGUGUCCGUUUUGUUAAAUCUCUCUGUGCCUUGGUAGUGUUCUUUUAUAUAUUCAAAAUGAUGUGUUGUCAUUUUUUCUUGUUUCCCACUCCAACAUGUUAAUGUUUUUUCUUACAAACCCCUCGCUCCUUUCUGUGUCUGUCAUGUCAACAGUAGCUUAUACAGUAGGUUGAGCUGUGAGUCCUAUAAGAUCCCCUAAAUCCAUCAACCUGUCUGCAGUCCUCCUGCAACCAUUGAGAAACCUUGUAUGAGCCGGUAUAAGCCCCCCCCUCCGCCCUCACCCCCCUACCCGUAAACUGUAUUAAAUUUGCUCUGCUCCUCCUCGGCUCCCCAGUUUUCAGUGGUCCCUCAUGUAGGCCAGUCGGUGGAUCAACCACCAGUGUUCAUCCCAAUGAAGAGUCCAAUUGUAUUUUUAUGCUCUUUGAAAACAGAGAUAUAUUUGAGAGACAGAUGGUUCUAUGUGAAUAAUAAUGAUGAUAAUUAUAGACAUUGAAUUGAUGUGAGCUGAUUGAGCCUGUACAUAAAUUUAUGGUUGAGUUCUGGAUGUGUUGUGACGGCUGUUGUGCCAUGGUUGGGUUAAGGUUGUGUUUCUGCUGUGAUGAUGCAUUCCUGUACAGCUGUGAUCAAAAUAAAUGUAUAAAUUAAACCUUA